GGGAGCGGGGCCGCGGCGGCAGCCGGGCUGUCUCCCAGGUGCUGGUGGUCUGCGGAGCCGUGCGGCCAGGGCACGGGGGGUCGGUGGGGGCCCCGGGCCCUGCGGCCGUGGCCACACCUCGCCCGGCAGGGCCGGCUCUGCCGGCUUCCCAGCUUUCUCUGAGACUUGUUUUUCUGCCCGGCAGUUUCCUGGAGCCAAUGGCUCCUGCCUGCUUGCUCAGGGUCUGCAGCCUCCUCUGCGCCUGGUCAUUGGUGACGGGACAUCCCUGCAGCCUUGACCACCAGUCUCAGUCUAGGGAUCCUCACCAGCAUGGAGAACCCAUUUCGGACAGCAGCUUUUUUCUCAGGGAUGGGCAGACUGCAACGGGAAGAGCCUCCUGCACGCUCCAAGUUCCCUUCCAAGCAACAUCACCGGUUUGGACCUCUCCUUCAACUCCUUGGUCAUGCCCCGUCACGGGACUCUCUUGAUGCCUUUCCCUUCCCUGCGCUCCCUCAACCUCUCUAGCAAUGCCCUGCUGGCGCUGAGCCCAGCAGUCUUCUCCAACCUCGGGGCACUACGUCUGCUGGACCUGAGCAGCUGCAGCAUUGCCUACCUCCACACAGACGCUUUCAAGGGCUUGGGAAACUUGCACACACUGCUCCUAAGAAAUAACAAUCUGCAAGAGCUUGAGGUCCCUUUCUUCCUGCCGCUGAAGGCUCUUUUCCACCUGGACCUGCAGCACAACGCACUGGUCUCUGUGAACGCUUUGAGCCUGGAGCUGAUGGAGGCAGUCCCGCAGGUCCGGCUGGAAGGGAACCCCUGGGUCUGUGACUGCACCGCGCACCCUCUGCAGCAGUGGCUGCAGCGCAGGCAAGCUGUGCAGGUGACCUGUGCAUCACCCCCGGAGCUGCAGGGCCGGGAGGUUGCAGCUCUGGAUUCCCAGGACCUGGGCUGCCAGAUGAAGCAGCGGUUUCCUCGGGAGGUCAGCACGGUGCAGCAGACCACAGUGGCCCACAGCAACACCACCACACCGCCCUCCAGGAAGGGAGGAAGGAGCUGGCCGUACCUGGUGGGCUUCCUGGUGGCAGCAAUCAGCAUCUCCAUCCUGAUUGCGCUGGCUGCCAAGUGCAAGCUCUUCCACAAGAACUUCGCCAGCUACCGUCACCGGCCGCUGCCCGAGACCAGCUCCACUGGAGGCAGUCCCAUGGAGGACGGCAGCAGCUGGGACAGGGGCUGGGGGGCCAGCAAGAACCAUCCCAUGCCCAGUGCUGCCAGUCUGCAAGCUGAGGAUGAUGAUGGCUUCAUUGAGGACAACUACAUCCAGCCAAGUGAGCAGCAGCGGGAGGAAGAGGAGUGGGAGUCGCACCUCUCCAUCUGAGCCCAGCCCAGCCACCAGCACUGUGGCCUCUCGCUGUCCCCCCACCUCCAUCCCCUUCCUGCCCUUUCCCACCUGCCCUCGGCUUUUGGGCCCACGCGGCUGGGGGCAGGAGGAAAGGAGUGGAGAGGACGGGGUAGAAGGGGUGGACUGGGAAUGGUGAUGGAGGCUGAAGGCAGCCGGCCCCAAAGUGCCCCAGUGAGAUGCCAGUGGGGCUGCACCGGCACAGGGGACACUGGACCCACUGCUGCUCUCCCGGCCCUGCUUGGAUACUGAGGAUGAAGGAGAUGGUGCCUGUCGUGCCCAGGCAGCCUGGUCGGGUGGGAAGAGGAGCCUGCCCUGGUGCUCCCUGGGGAGUCUCGGGCACUGGCCCCGCUGCCCCCUGGGUGCCAGACCCUGCCCUGCUCUGUCCCUCAAUGUGUUGGCAUUCCAGGGUGUGAUUAAAGCAUGAUUUUACGCUG